AAGAGGCAAACCUCCCACAGCGCUGAUUCUUGUUUAACCCCUCAAACUUUCCAGGUGUUUAUCAUCGAUUGGCAUCUCUUUGCAUCCAUUGUCGGUACAGAUAUCAAUCAGUCGAGAUUCACUGCACGCGCGAUUUCGAUACCCGCCGUCGCGUUCCGCUUGUCUCAGGUCGUUGACACCAACCCGUCGCCCUCCCUUGCAUAACAAGCAAAAAAAAGACGAUCCGCACAGCACUCAAUCGCCAUGGCCGCUGCUCAAGGCAAAGCUGCUGCAUCCAAGGCUGCUCCUGCAAAAGCCAAAGCUCCAGCCAAGACAAAGGCCCCUGCUAAAGCUCCCGCGAAAGCUGCUCCCGCGAAGACUACUUCUACCAAGGCUUCCGCUCGGGCCAAGACACCGGCAAAGGACACCAAGAAGGCCACUGCCGCUACUGCUGCUCCCAAGAAGAAGGAUACCAAGACGGAAGACGCCGACGAAAUGUCCGACUCCUCUUCACUGAAGCGCAAAGCCGACGACGAUGUCGACAAUGCUCCCAAUGCCGCCGCUCCCCAGGCCAAGCGCAUCAAGGCCGUCCCCAAGGCGCCUUCGAAAAAGGCGCUACCUGCCGAUGCGGGCAAGAAAAUCAACGAUGCACCUACACAGCGUCUCGAUAUUUACGUGUUUGGCGAAGGUACGUCGGGCGAGCUGGGCCUAGGCAGCAAGAAGGUCAAUGGCAAGAAGCCUAUUGACGUCAAGCGCCCUCGCCUCAACGAGAACCUCGCUGCCGGCAAGGUCGGCGUUGUUCAGAUUGCCUGCGGUGGUAUGCACGUUGCUGCCAUUACUCACGACAACAAGAUCCUGACCUGGGGUGUCAAUGACCAGGGUGCGCUUGGUCGUGACACGACCUGGGACGGUGGCCUGCGGGACAUGGACGCCGCCGACGACUCUGACGAUGACGAGGACGACACCGGCAUGAACCCCAACGAAAGCACUCCAGGCGAGGUCCUCCCCGAGUUCUUUGCUCCUGGCUCCAAGUUUGUCCAAGUUGUUGCCAGCGACAGCGCCACAUUUGUCCUGACCGAGACUGGCCGCGUCUACGGCUGGGGCACGUUCCGAUCAAGCGACGGUAUCCUCGGCUUCAGCGAGAAUGUCCACGUCCAGACUCGCCCGAUGUUGAUGCCCACGCUCAAGAACAUCCAGAAGCUGGCCGCCGGCUCCAACCACAUCCUGUCCCUGGACAACAAGGGCAACGUGCUCGCCUGGGGUUCUGGCCAGCAGAACCAGCUCGGUCGCCGUAUCAUUGAGCGCAACAAGCUCUCGUCUCUCACACCAAUGGGUAUGGGUCUCCCCAAGGGCAAGAUUGAGAAGAUUGCCUGUGGUGCGUACCACUCCUUUGCCAUUGACAAGGAGGGCAAGGUCUGGGGCUGGGGUCUCAACAACUUUGGCGAGCUCGGUAUCCAAGCCAACGCCGGUGAUGACGAUGCGGUCAUCUUGAAGCCUGUGAAGUUGGAUCUGCUCGACGGCCACAAAAUCACCGAGGUCGACGGCGGUAGCCACCACUCCGUUGCCUGCUCUGAUGCUGGUCACCUCUUCGUCUGGGGCCGCAUUGACGGCUACCAGGUUGGUUUCGAGGGUUCGGAGCUGAACAAGGAGGAUGUCAUCUUUGACGAGCGCGACACCGCCCGUAUUCUAUUCAAGCCCACCAUUAACCCUGCUGCUCCCAACAUCUGCGCCGUUGCUGCCGGUUCCGACAACAGCUUCGCAGUCUCCAAGGACGGCAAGGUCUACUCCUGGGGCUUCUCUGCCAACUACCAGACUGGCCAGGGCACCGAUGACGAAAUCGAGAAGCCUACUCUUAUCGACAACACCGCUGUGCGCGGUAAGCACAUUCUCGGCGCCGGCGCUGGUGGCCAAUACUCUAUUCUCUACGGCAAGCCUGAGGCGCAGACCAACGGCGUCCACUAGAGACCCCGAACCAUGCCACAAUAGCCCAAUGUUCUUUGUACGACCACCAUUUUCUUGCGAUUUUCUAUAUCAGUCUCAUGCAUUGCACUUUUGUUUUUCUCUUUUCGUCUGGCCUCUUCUACAUUAGACCCUUUUUUGAAUGGCUGACCACCCACGCUGUUCAUUUUCCUACUACUAUAGCUGAGCUCCAGCAAAGGUUGCUCUGUCUCUAAUUCUUGUUGUUUCUUUCCUCUGUGGUAACUCCCUUGUCGGCGUUCAUUUUACCCGAGUCGGUUUCUUGACACGAGACGAUGAAAAGGGCUUCUUUUCAUCUAUGCGGUCUCUUAUUCUGUUAGUUCUACAAUGACGAGAGACGCUGUAUGAAAUGGUGGGGUUACGGCGACGGGAACUAAGCAUCAAUGUUGCUUUAAAAAGUACACAGGGUGGAAGAGUAAAUUGUUUUUAUAUUCUAAGGCUACGCUUUUCGACUUCUGCCCGAUAUACUCGUUGUAUUAUUCAUUACCAACUAGUUCUCCGCCUCGUAAACCUUCGUGAAUUGCAAUAUUCCCCAACCAUGCUAUGCUCAAGUCUACCACAUUUGCACUCCUCUUUGGCCUGACUCUCAAGUGCCUGUCUUACUAUUAUAUGUUCUGCGUCGUAAAGGUUUGGUAUGUUGUUACAUUCUAGACAUUAAGCUUGGCGGCAGCAUUAGCCAAGGAUCCAGCUCCCCUGGAGCUAAAAAUGCUCAUGAUGCCAAAGCCAACGUAAAAGAGAGCCAGAGGGUACGCAACAAGUCCACGCAUGCCCUUCAUUCUGCCCACGGCGCAGAACAUGCCACUGGCGCUGUACGUGCACCACAUGAUGGCACCGCUAGUGAUGCAGAUACCAAUGGGCGUGUCCAUGGACAUGACGAUGCCAAAGAGAGAGGUUGCGACAAGAGGCAGCAGGCAGUAGCCCAAGACGGACGCAGAGCGAGUAAAGGUAAGCGUGGCAGAGAAGUGGCCGCCGCUGAUGCUGCCGCCCUGCUGCUGUCCAUUGCCGUGAGCAUCGUUGAACUGGCCAUACUGUCCUCCAGUGGUGGGGUCGUCGUCGGGAGACAUGAGAGACAGAAUCAUAUGUAAACUAGUCGAGCCGAGAAGGGCGAGGCCGUAAAUGUAUCCAAAGUGGACCUUGCCGGAAAAGAGCAGCGAGAAUCCAAAGAGGAGGAAGAAGAGGACGGGGCCGGCGAGGUCGGAGUCGUCCAUGAUGUGCUGGUCGAUGUGGCGGAAGGGGUUGAGAACCGCGAGGGU